AAGGGUACAACUUGCAUUGAAGGUCCUCUCAUCUCAUCUUUCCCAUACCAUAUAUCAACCCAUUCUUUGCCUACAUAUGAUAUAAAAAUCUAUUCAUACGUACAUAUAUAUACAAAUCUAGAUAAGCUCUACUGAUAUCACAUUAUAUAUCACUGAUAUAAAUAUGGCCACAUCAUCAUGGACAGCAAGACAAAACAAGAAGUUCGAAGAGGCAUUAGCGGUAUACGACAGGGACACGCCCGACCGUUGGCACAACAUUGCCAGAAUUGUGGGAGGAAAAUCAGCUGAGGAAGUGAAGGGGCAUUACGAAAUUCUUGUGAAAGAUGUGUUGCAGAUUGAGAAUGAUGAAGUGCCAUGCCCAAAUUACACUGAUAGCUAGCUUAUAUAAUCAUUCAUGAACAGAGGCUUUUGAGGACAUCAAGAUAGACUAAAGGAAACAUGUGUUGUUAACUUAAGGUUGGAGGCUCAAAUAUAGCAAGAAGAUGUGUAUGACCAAACAAACAUGCACAAAUUAAUACCACUAUUUAUAACAUGUAGUCCAGACUAUAUACCAUCUUUGUGUUCUUGGUUCAGAAAAAAAAUGUGUUCUUUCUUGUUAUUUGCACUCUCUUGAAUGCCAAAUUCAGUGCUUUUCAUUGAAUUGUUGUGCACACUCUCGUAAACCAACAUGUUAUGAAACAUUGAGUUGCAACAGAGUUGAGAGUUGAAUCUCCUCAACAAUUAGAAAAUUUGAAAGGUACAGCGUCUUCACGGUUCACUCUUUACUUCCCGAUCCUCCGGUUAUGGUGGGAUUUACUUAACGUUUUCUUGGAUCAGAGGGAGUAUUCAUUUUCAUAAUCAAAAGGCAAAAGCUUUUUAGCAUCAAGAAUGGCUCAUGAGUAGCAUCAUAGUUCAAGUAAGUAUUGGCAAGAAGCAGAUUAGCAUAUUUCAGUCUAUCACUAACCUCAAAUUACUAACACUGCCAAUCCCAAAAGAAAAUGGAUCCAUCAACUGCUGGUCUUGUUGGA